CCAGUCUUCUAGCGUCAUUCAAACACGACGCCAACGUGUCUCUGUUUUCUUCACGGUGCUGUGUAGACCUCCCCCAGAGUAGUGGUUAUUAAGUAACACAGUUUGGGGAGAAAAAUCCUCUAUAAGUAUGACAGUAGUGCGGGACGGGUUUCGGAGAGCUGCCACCGAGGUCGCAUGUAUGCCACAUUGCAGCUUUCCAUGAACAAGCAUCCUCUGCGCGCGGCUGCCCGAGGCUGGAGACACAUCGCGGUUGGUGGGUAAUUAACAAAUUUGUGGAUAAAGUGCACUCGGAAGUGUUUGCAUCCGAAAUCAAACUCGUCGCUUGUCGCUUGGGAUGCUGAGAGCACCUACCGAAUGUGUGUGUGUGUAUGUGCGUGCGUGUGAGUGUUUAAACGUCAAAAAAUAGUAGCACGCUGCUGAUUCAGUGGGUGGUGGGUGAUUGCUAUCGAAAUAAAAAAAAUCAAUCGUUGGGCGUUGUAUUGCCACAGCCGAAGGCAGAAAUGUCACCGGUUCGAAUGGCCUACUCGGAAGAACAGUGCCGUGAUCGGUAGAAGUGCCAUUCCAGCACCAAUUAGAACCGCCAGCAGACGUAGACGUGUCGACAGUGCGUUAAUAAAAACAAGUUAACAAGGUGAUAUUUUCCCCUGUACGGAGUACUGCUGGAGAGUGAGUGCGAAUAAUAUCGAAGAUGAAAAGUUGUACUUCUUUUGAUGGGGAAGAAUAUGUGUGUUUGAUGAGUUCAUCAAUCCAGUAAUGAAUCUAUGUCUAGAUGCUAAGUAUAUACCGUGAAUGUUUUUUGAAUUGUGUUAGCUUAUGCAGUGAAAUAUUAAAAUUGAAAACAAAUACAAAUACAAUUACAAAUUGCUUCAAUCUAUUCUACUGAAUCAAAAGUUUCCACCUCAGCUUAAACUCAAUCACUUGUCGAUAGAAGUGGUAUCAAUGUGAAACCGUAUGAAGAAUAAAUUACCAUUAAAAGCUAAUACCCAUCAAACGUUGCGAACGGAAACACAUCGUAUUAACAAAGGAUUAAGUCAAAACUCGAAACAAACACGAAACUCGACCAACGGAUUACACAGAAGUGUUGCAUGCGUAAAACUGCGACUCAACCCGAACUCCUGACUUCGAGCAACGGUUGUCCGGCCGUCCGACCGAAAGUCACCAGCACAUCUCACAUAAAAUCACACUAACUCGAAAUUUACAUAGCAGAAUAUCGCCCGCCCUGGGCUGUCCGAGGUGGUGUUGGUGGAACGGCCGCCGAUUAUGAAACGAUGCUGUGACCCAGCAUGACGACGACGACGACGACCAUCUCGAUGGCAGCCGGCUCCGGUGAGCACCUUGGAUUUGCAUUCGCCGUGUUCAGGAAAAUUUUCCGCAUCGAAACCUAUCCAGGCCUCGAGAUUCGACAGCAGUCGGGACGGUAGGAGGUCCUCGUUAUCGUAGCGUUAGAAAAAGGGCCUCGGUUUGACAUUUGUACUGCCAACAGCAUACAAUCGUCAUCAUCACCGCUGAAUACUUGUCGUCUGAAGUGGGCCGUAUCUGUUCGUGUUCGUGUUUCUCGAGAGCUGAAAGGCCAUCAGAAAAAAAACAGAAAAAGAUGCAGUCAAAGAUUAUGACUCGGUCAUGAUUUUCAUCCUCAUCGUUUGACGCUGAUGGGGAUCCGCUGCGGUGGCUGUGGUGCAGUCCUGACAACGUGUCGGAUAGAGAGAGAGAAAAGUGCAAGCACUGAAAAUUAAGUGCAGAUAGUGUCAACUCGAUGCCAACGGUGGACGUCGGCGAUUGUAGUGUCAUCACCUCUCCCUCCCCGCCGGUGAGUGGGUUGAGGUUCGAAAUGAAAAUUAAAGACAAAUAAGGUUCUAGCCAACUUUAUACUGUAUCGGAUCGUCGGAAAUGGUCGGAUAGUAUACUGCUAGCACAAAUUAAUUUGAAAGCACAAAUCUGCGUUUUGUACACCGCCGACGAACAGGCUGAUGUGAAGUGGCUCAAAAAUUUGUACAUUUGUGUUUUUUCUGUGGAACUUUGCAUUUAGAGAAUGAGUGGAACGGAAACAGGACGAAGCGAUCAGAAACAAUAAAAAAUGUGAAUGCAACCGACCUACGUGUGCCUGGCAAAAGAGUAAAAAAAGUGUCACAAAAAAGAACUAGAUUUGCUUCAACAGUGGUUCCACUUAGUGGUUGAAGUUUGGUUUGCAAUCCGAGAUAGGUUGUGUGGGUGGAAAAAAAUAAUAAUAAACAAUUUAGUUCGGUGAAUUUCCUUCGCGGGAAAUCAUCGUUUGCAUCGGUUUCCGGAAAGAGAAAUACAAAGUGGUGUGCGUUCAUAUAUUCUGCGGCAUCGAAGAGUAUUGUGGAAACAAAAAUAAUUGCCAAUUUAAGCGGUAAGCCUCGGCACAAGUGAUUGUUACGUGGAAACGUUGGACAAUGAAAAGCCCCAUUAGUGAGUUGUUAUUAGACUGCAGGCGAAAUAGUUGAAGCAUGACAAGAGUCCGGGUGGCAAGGCGAGUUUCAGGUCUGGAUAAAAUGUGGCUCAAUCUGGUGAUUCUUGGCGCGUUGUUCAACACGAUGCGCCUGAUGACCGGCGUGGAUGGUUGCCCUUCGGAGGUGUGCGUGUGCAAGUGGAAGGGUGGCAAACAGACGGUGGAAUGCGGGGGUAGAUCGCUCAACCGAAUACCGGAGGGGAUGGAUCCCGGCACACAGGUGCUAAAUUUCUCCGGCAAUGGACUGGCAAUCCUGCAAAGUGAACGAUUCAAACGGAUGGAUCUCAUCAAUCUGCAGAAAAUUUAUUUGGCCCGAAAUCAGAUAAUAAAAAUUCACGAUCGAGCUUUCCGGGGACUGACCAAUUUGGUUGAGCUUGACCUGUCGGAAAACAUGCUACCGGUGGUACCGACGGAAACCUUUGCGGACUAUCCGGCAUUGAUGCGGCUUUCGCUCAGUGGCAAUCCUAUCCGGACACUUCGAACGAAUGCAUUCAAGCAUCUUUCCUUUCUGACCACUCUAGAAAUUAGCAACUGUCAGAUCGAACUGAUCGAGGAUGAAGCGUUCAUCGGCAUGGACAACCUCGAGUGGCUUCGGUUGGAUGGAAAUCGAAUAGCCACCAUUCAAGGGAAUCAUGUUCUACCGGAAUCCCUGCAUGGUAUCAAUCUGCAAGCGAAUCGGUGGCAGUGUGACUGCCGUUUGCUCGAUAUUCACACGUGGCUAAACAGUUUCAAUGUUCCCCAGCGAGAGGAACCGAAAUGCUCCGGACCGCUUCGGCUAGUCGGGCAAGUAAUCAGAAGUAUUCCGCAGGAAGACCUGGCGUGUCUUCCAGUUAUUACACCAGAUUCGCUGUAUCGUGAGAUAGCCGAAGGCCGGAACAUGACACUGACGUGCAAGAUCUCAGCAAUACCGGAGGCUUCCGUAUCCUGGUGGUUUCAGGGACAGUUGCUGCAGAACGACAGUUUGCUCGCACCCAAUCUGCACCUCUCCCACUACAGUGAGGACACGGGUGAGGAGAAACGAAGUGAGCUGCUAAUCUUCAACACCAGUCCGGAUGACAACGGAACGUUUCUGUGUGUCGCGGAAAACUCCGCUGGACGCGUUCAGGCAAACUACACGCUCCACAUUAUAGUGAAGGAAGAACCGGUGGUGGAGGAGGUGACCUUCUCGCAGGAAUAUUUUCUACUAAUCGUGAGCGCCAGUGCUGCCACGGGUUUUCUACUGUUUCUCAUUGUUUGUACGAUCAUAUGCCGGUGUAGCCGGCGUAGCAUUAGACGUGAUUCUAGCAAAAAGUCUCGUGCAAAGUCAGCCACAGAUUCGUCCAGCAACAGUCAAAAGUGUUCAUCAAUUACCAACGAUAUCGGCGAACCGUUAACUUGUGCUAAGAUGAACGGAUCGGUGGCGUUGAGUGAAAGUAACCAGCAAGACAUUGUUCUGUAUUUGAAUACCGGAAACAGUCACGACAAAUCCGGACUGAACAAUUUGGCACUCGGAGGGCCUGGUCAGUUUUGUAGUCCUCCGUCGUCUCGAAGUUACCAGGAUCAAAAUCCCGACCUGAUCAACGAUGCCGAAAGUGGAAAUAAGAUACGUGGCCGUGCCGAUGCUUUGGACUCGGAUGUGGGGGAAAAGGAUUCCGAUGGGCAAAGCAGUAUUCAAGAUGCCAGCAGUGAAGCCAGCUAUCAGCAAAGCUAUUUUCAGCCGUCGAUGGGAAUACGGCCCGUGGGUCCGAGACUUUCGGCCAUGUCGACACUGCCGCGAGGAAUGAAUAAAGACAUGUAUCAGCACCAGGUCGAUAUUCAUCUUAGCCCGGGAUGUUUCCUGGAUCAAAAUGGUUUCCCCAUCGAUCUGAACCUGAUGGCUCAAGGUGGGCCCACCGUUAACUACUACCGAACGCUACCGCACAACCGUGGCCAGAAAGGGCAACCCAAAGUUCGCUACUCCAACGAUGCCGAGUUCAUUACACGAACGUCACAGACUUACAAACUGUACGGUGGCCCCACGGAUGUUCGCUAUACUGCCGAAGGAUAUCCACAGCAGCCUGACGAUGACGGUACAGGCCCAAGUCAAUUCCCUUCACCACCGGAAGGCUACAAACUCGAACCUACCGGAGUGAAACAACUGACCUAUAUGAACACUCCGGCAGCGUUUUGUGUUGGUCCUGCACCUCCCACGCAAUGGCCAUCGUUCCUGCCUGGUUAUCAUCCGCAGUUGAUACCCAUUGCCGGCCAGACAGGACCAGAUUUCAACCGUUACUUACCUCCACCGGCGCUGACCUCCCAGACCGUGCCAUGUAGCAGCAACAGCAACAGCAGCAGCACCGGACCGGCACCGAUUCCGGUGCUGAAAAAAUGCGUCGGUGCUCAAACAACAGAGCUCAUGGAUAAGGAUGUGAUACCGGAACAGCGCGAGGAGGAAGAGGAAGCCGAAUGUGAAACCAAGCUUAGGCACUUGUCCGGACCACUGGCAGACAGUCCGGACGAGGGCUACGUCGGCGACAGCCACGAAACGACGGACAUCUGACAUAGAAUGAAGCCUCCGCUUCUGGAGCAAACCAAACUGCACUCCUCCGGCUCGCUACAGCUAGAAUCGGAUGAUGUGCCAUUAUAAGAGUGUGAAUGUGUACUCAUGUGGUACGGGAGUGUGAGUGUAAACUAAUGUUAGGUGAACCAAUGUGUUUUCUAGAGAAGUAGGCUUCGAUUCGUGUGAAGAGAAAGAGACUCCAGUUUGCUGUUUGCUGGGUGGCUGGGCUGAUAAUUUGAAAGUAUCAUUAACACAGCAAGCGUUUUAAUCCUUUUGUUCUGUUUACCGUGUUAUCUCUUUUUUUUUAAUUAUGUCGAAAAAUAUUUUCACACCAACAGCUUUUGUUGAAAUGAAAACUGGGGUCUUUUGAUGAGUGACCUUCCACAUGACGUGAAAAUCCCUAAAGCAUUUUGACACGAUCGCAUUCUGUUCACGCUUAAAGAAUGAGUAAUCAUCUGCAGAAAAAGUGGAACAAAUCUAAUUUGGAGUAAUUCCUGAGUUACUCAAAUUUGUGUUCCUCCACUGAAAACGAUGUUUGGGUAACUCCAACUCACUUACUGAGUUAUACUUUAUUUGUACAUACGCCAAAAAGUGAGUAAUUCUAACCUAAAUUUUCAGUGAAAUUUUAUACGAUAUAUAAUAAAAAUUGCUCUAUUUAUGGUUCUAUUGUCAAUAAAUGCAUAACAAAUAUUGAGUAUUUGACACUCAAUACUUGAAUUUAGCUUACUAUGUUUAUUUCUUGUUCCGUUCACAUUUGAGAGAUUUCUUUCUUCAAGACAGCAGAUCGAGAGGCGGUCGCUUAGAGCAGUGUGUCAAUCGCACCUUAACAUACAUGUCAGUAAUGCCCAGGCAUCAAUCAGACACACUUGAGCACAUUCUUUCCCAUUCUGAGGUACAAUACGUAGCGCUCAGGCGCACAAUGUCUGUGUCGAUGGCAGAACCACGAGUUCACACAGUUCACAUGCUUAGAAAAAGUUACUCAGAGUUUGAGUACUAGUUACUCAUUUUCAAAUGAUACAUGGAAACGUCAAAAAUUGAGUAGUUACCAUCAAUAAUAAUGAGUAACUCUUACUUUUAAUUUGAGUUUAACGCAAAAACUCGUUUUUAUGUUACUAUUCACAAGAUCAGUCUAAAAGUUGUAAUAACCAUUUGUAGCAACAGGUUUCAUUUUUUGUUAGUGAGAUCGCGUACUUCAAGAGUGAGUCGCUUAUCACAAACGGUGUUGUGUCUGCAAAAACCACAAUUUUUAGACUGUCCUCUUGGUUGUGCCAUCGAUGCAGUUAUUGUGUCCAGAAGAGAUCCGUACUAUGCUUCAGAAUGGAAACAAACAUGCUCAAGUGUGUCAUUUAUGAGGAACAAGUGACUGAUUGGUGUCUGAGCAGUACUGACAUGUGUGUUAAGCUAAGAUUGACACACUACUCCAAGCGAUCGCCACUUGAUAUGAUAUCUCGAAGUUAGAAAUCAAUUGUAAACGGAAUAAUAAAUAAACACAGUAUGAUUAUUUGAUGUAUUGCGUGUCAACUACUUAAUAUUUUAAUACAAUACUAUAAUAAAAGGAGCAAUUUUACGCAAAUUUGGUAUAUGUGAAAUAAAAUUUCAUUCAGAAUUUAACUAAUUACCAAUUAUCAAAAAUCAUUUUCAGUGGAAGAACUCAAAUUUGAGUAACUAAGGAGUUACUCUAAAUUAGAGUUGUUCCACUUUUUCUAUAGAUAAGUGGGAUCUUACUCACUUUUAAGUAACUAUUUUUAAGCGUGCAUCAUUCCGGUUUUGGCAGGCACAGAACUGUUUGUGUUGAGCGGUUUACGCUUGCAACAGAUACAGAUGAACAGUGACACAAAUGAAACGAACAAACAAUGGCGCCUUUAGCUACAAAUGGUUAUUAUGACUUUGAGAUCUCUCGAGUAGUGACCUAAAAAUGAGUUCCACUUUAAUUUAGAGUAAGAGUUACUCGUUAUCAUUAACAGUAACUACUCCUUUUUUUGACGUUUUUCAUGUAUCAUUCGAAUUUGAGUCACUAGUACUCAAAUUCUGAAUAACUUUUCAUAAACGUUUUGCAUUUAUUUGUUUUUCUUUAAAAAUGUCAAAAGUUCAGAGAAAAAAACUUUUGUGUGCACGAAAUCGAAGAGCUACCUAAUUUUGAAUAAGUUCAAUCCUAUUUCGGGAUUCCGGUAAAUAACCCAAUUUUAGAUAAAGGAGCUCUUAGUAUUUUCCUAAUUAUGGAGUUCAAAACACUCAAUUCUAGGAUUUGUUCUGUUUCAUUAAUUAUUACCAUUCUAAGCAGAAUACUCACUGUUCGAUUUUGCUUAGCUCUUUGUUUUGUGACAACAAUGGAAAAAGCGAGUGAAUUGAAAAAUUGGAAACAACUAGAGCUUAAAAUUGCCACGCAUUCUCAAUGAAAGAGUCCAAUCCAACAACCUCACAUUCGAUUUUUACUGUCUCAUUCGUAAAUGACCGCAUCCAAAACAAACGAAGAGAGACGAAGCAUUUUCGUCUCUCAUUGAAAAAAAGAGAGUAUCAAUGUUACCGUCACUCGUUCCUAUGUGACAAAACAAAAUUUAACUAACGUCUGUAGGGAGAAUCAGAAGAUUUUCAGUUCUCAUUUUUUCAUCGAUAUAAUGAAAAUGUGUAGCAUUUGGCUACGCUAUUUUAUCACAUUUUAGUGAUUAAUCGAAGUAACUACACUCCAGAACCUCUUUUGAAACCAAAACUACUACAGAUUCGAGGUAAAAGUCAUUGUGAAACCUUUUUCUGCCAUUUUCAGUUCUCAAAUUUCGGCCUAAUACCGACACUGCAUACUAUGGGAUUUUCACUGAAAACUGCAAACGACUGAAAGGUCAAAUGAAAGAAAACACACAAUUCUCGGUUGAUUUUCCAGAAGGCCGUAACAGCAAGUGACAGUUUCUCUUUGUUUACUUUCUCUUCUAUUAAUUACCAAGCGGUUUACACGUUUAUCACUUAACUCUUUGCAUAGAAUGAUGCUCGAAAAGUUCGACUUCCAAAAAGAACUGUGAAAUCCAAGAAAAUCUUUUUUGAUCACAUCACAAUAAUCGAAAGAGAGAGUGAACAAAGAGAAACUGUCACUUGCUGUUACGGCCUUCUGGAAAAUCAACCGAGAAUUUUGAAACUAUUCUCCCGCUUAUGUCAUUGACUGGACAUGGAUUUCGUUAUCUUAGUUUGCAAGUGAAGCUGAGAGUGACAGUAAUUUCUUGUCUAUUUUGAGUCAAUGAAAAUGGCUUCUUUUUAGCUCUGGGAACUAUUCAAAGUGAGUAAUAAGUAGGCAGUUAGUCAGUAUUUGUCUCCUCUCGGUUUUUUUUUCUGAACCUGAACCACAAAUAAUAACCCAUAUUUUUAAUAACAAUGUAUUUGGCGUGUUCAAAUUCUUUAUGAUACUAGAAACUCAAAGUGAACUUGGAUACGAUCGCAUCACCUUCGAAUGUAAAAUCGUUACCCCGUUGUUAUGAAUAAAGUACGUUUCAGACGGUGCGUCUCCUUCCGUCAUCGUCACCCGUCGUCUUCAUCAAAACUAGUUAAAUAUAAUUUUUAUGAAAAAAUUCACAUUUUGACAACGUGAACGUUCCGGUAAAGAAGGUAUCGUACCAGCUUUGACGGACAUUGACGUUCUGAUGAUGGUGACGGCAGUUAAAGGACUAUCAGGAACGCAGAUAAGGGUGAAAGACACAUGGGGUGAAAAGUCCCGGGCCUAACAAAGAGAACACGAUUUUUUUGGUUCAACAUCGAACUUUAUCAUGAAUGAUGAAUAUCAACGUAAUCUCCAUCAGGUGCAACGCAAUCAUUCCAGUACCGCUCUAACAUGUCAAUACCACUUUUAUAGAACGAUUUAUCUUUUGCCACAAAAUAGACCUCAGUUUCAGCGAUAACCUCUGCAUUCGUGCGAAUUUUUUUGCCGGCGAGCAUUUUUUCAGGACUGCGAACAGCCAGUAGUCGCUGGGAGCCAAGUCUGGUGAAUACGGUGGAUGUGGGAGCAAUUCGAAGUUCAAUUCAUGUAGUUUUGCCAUUGAAUGAAUUGAUUAAAACAAUUUUUUUCUUUGCCAUAUGCGGUCGUUUCUUUGCAAUUUCAGCCUUCAAACGCUCCAAUAACGCUAUGUAAUGUUCACUGUUAAUGGUAUUUCCUUUCUCUAGAUAGUCUAUAAAUAUUACACCACGCACAUCCCAAAAUACCGAGGUCAUAACCGUUCCAUUCGGUUGUUGUGCUUUCGGACAAGAUUCACCAGUUGUUGUCCACUCAGAUGACGUUCCCGGAGUGAAGUGAUAAAUCCAUGUCUCAUCCAUUGUCACAUAUCAACGCGAAAAUUCUGGUUUGUUACGUUUAAACAUGGCCUAACAUUGUUCAGAAUCAUCAACAUAUUCUCGUUUUUGGUCAAUAGGCACAAACGCGGCACUCUUUUUGAACAGAGCUUUCUAAUAGUCAAAUGUUCAUGCAAUAUAAAGCCAUCACGUUCUUUUGAUAUGUUCACGAUGUCAGCUAACUCACGCAACUUCACUGUUCGAUCAUUCAAAAUGAUUUUGUGGAUCUACAACCACGUUUGAAGUCAGCAAACCAACGUUUAAUUGUUGUUUCUGAUGGAGCGGAGUCUUCAUAAUACUUUUCAAGCCAUUGUUAACUUGAACGGUGAUUUUCCCAUCAAGAAGCUACACAGCUAAAAUUAAAACACGAAACUGUUUUUCCAUUGUGUUGAAAACUAAAAAAAAGUAGCAUCACACUUAGCACAGUAACUCACAGACCAAUGAAUAUCAUGAAAUUUUAACAGCUGUAAAAGUUAGCAAUAACUAAAAAAAGUUGACUGCAAUAAAACUAGCGCCAUCUAUGCGUUAGGCUUGGAACUUUUCAGCCCACCGCUGUGCUUCUUUGUGGCUAGUGUGCAUUCAAAAUUCGAUCCAGGUUAGCGGUUCAAUUCGUAGGGCGCUGGCCUCAAAAGUCAGAUGCUCGAGUUUCAAUAGACUUAACACUAGCCACGAAAUAUCUUCUAGCUUAGGUACGUUAGAAUUUUUCACUCGGGAUCUUUGAAAGGGGUUAAUUUUUUGUUCAGACGAUCCUCAAUAUGCAUCCGCAAUACUUGAUCUCAAGAUAUGCAUGCAGCAUUUUUAACGUAGGAUUACGUCUUCCUUUACUAUGCUCACCUGGGUGCGUUUUAAAAAUGUCCCAACACAAAAGUGUUCAAAAUUACUUCGGAUUUGUUUUCUUACUAACGUUUUCCCUGUUUGAGUAUUUUGUCUAAUUCUUUCACGAAACGAAUGGAAGAAGAUGUAAGAUUGUUGUUAAUACCACGUUUAUUACGAAAAGAUUUUUAAAAUAGUAAAAAAAUAGGUCCAAACACGAAAUAUUAAAAUUAACCGAAUCGUUGCACGUUUGCUAGCUUCAGUCUAUGAUGACCAUGAACGGAGACACACCAGGUUGCGAAGCUGCCAUCUACGCCAAGACACCGGAACUACACCCGGCAUUAUUCAACUGGUGCUUCAGUCAAUGGCGAACAUGAGGUUCCGUUCAUCCAGCCUAAACGCAGAAAAAAACAACAACUAGUUCUUCUGUGUGCAUAUCUGCUGUUGGUCAUUCGCAGUGUGAGUUUCGCUUUAAACAAGAGCGAUUACGCCAUACAGCUUCUGGUCGUUUGCAUUGGAGGAAAAGAAAACGAAAAGUAGACAACGAUGGUAUACAUCAUACAAAACUAGCCGUUCUAAUGGCUCUAAAUGUUAUCAAAAGAACUAUUAAGGUUAUUUUCUUUGCAAAUUGAAGGUAAAAAUCAUCAUGUUAGUGGAGAUCUAAAAUAAUUUGAUAGGUUGUGCAUUUUCCACUGUGCGAAUUUCGUUCGAGAAAAAUGUUCUGAACAGUGUUUAAUAUCGUAGAGAAUUCCACAAUUUGGCUGAAAUAAAUCCCUCACAGCAUUUUGAUAAUUUCUUACAAUAAAGUAUUCAAAUCCGAAAUGGAACAAUCGAUAUCAAAAUGAUAUAUUGUGCUAUUUUCGUGGCCUUUGGGUCUGUCCAUUUGUGAAAAAGCUGCAAACGAGAUCACCUAACAAGAAAGCUCUUAACCAAAUUUGGUUCAGUUUGGAAUUAAUCGGUAGUGCGAACAGAUGUGUUGUGGUUGUUUCGCAAAGCCAGUUUUACUUCAAACAAAAGCGAUUGCAUCAUACAGCUUCUGAUCGUUUGCAUUGGAGGAAAAGAAAACGAAAAGUGGACAACGAAGGGGAACAUUACACAUAAUCAGCCGUUAUAAUGGCUCUAAAUGUUAUCUGAAGAACUAUUAAUACUACUUUCCUUGCAAAUCGAAGGUAAAAGUCAUGAUUUUAGAGCAAAUCUAAAAUGAUUUGAUAGGUUCACUUGCACUUUUCACUGUGCGUAAUUCGCACCAAACGAAUGAAAAUAAAGCUAGCAUACGGCAUAUUAAUAUCGUUGAAAAUAUAGACAUAUUUAACGCCUAUUUGGUUUUAAUUUUUUGUACAAUUCGAUUUUAUUCUGCUCCAAAUUAUGACACGUAACGCUUUAACAUGCUGUGGAAAUGCUAUGGGGCUUCAGUUUUCGUUUCUUCAUAGUUUUUGAAAAAACUAAAAUUUUCAUUUUGAUUAUUUUGUGUAAAAUCCAGAGGCAUACCUCACCUGAAAGUGUAUGAACUGUAAAUCAAUAUCCUAUUUUCAUGAGUUCAACUUUCCUGUCAACAGUUUUACCAAUGCUUGCCAAUAUGAACCAGCAAACAUUAACUGCUCGCUCUUCUUACGACGUGACACUAAUUAUGAGAAAUGUUGUUAUGCAUCAAAAACAAAAAAAAAAUAAAAAAAAAUCACACCUGGUAGGAGAAACAAAUCAAAUAAGCAAACAGACAAAACAAAACCGAACAAAACGGAAGAACAGAAAAAUAAAACAAAUGAAAAAACUCUAGUGAUGAUAACUGAAAUGAUAGCGAAUAAAUAUAAACAAAAGAAGAACACUUGAGAAUUCAAACAGCCGGUUCAAGUGCUGUAUUUAUUGGAAUUCGAGUAAGCUCAUUUCCAUCGGAAUAAAAUAAAAUUCCAGUGGCAUACUCCCGCAAAAUAGCAGCGCAACGCGAGUGUAUGUACGGUUUAAUUUACGGUGCACAUUUUUAUGUUCGUUUCAUGUUCGAUGACCGGCACUGGACGGGUCACUCUCGCGGUCAGCACGGUCAACGGUGCCCCACCCGGUCUGGAAAUUAAUACUCAUUUCGAAAGCAUAACGUUUUGGUUACGACGAUUUUUUUUUAUUCGCCCAUUUUUUAUCCAUCUUUGAUUUCCCCAUCGGCAGCAGUUUCCCAAAUGAAUCAACCAUUUAUUUUUUUGUGUAUGCAUGCUAUUAUUAUUCUUCGUUUCGAAUGAUUGAUUGAUGAUCUGCUCUUCUGUCACGCGUCCCGGGUUGCGUGGGGCAAUUGGUGGGAGUACGCACCAUGAAUGUUCUGUCGUUGUAGUGAGUGAAUAUAACAGUGUACAUUUGCAGGGCAUAACCGUACAUAAUGGAAACAGCGGAAAAAAUCAAAAUCAAAUAAAAGUAAUUGAUUGUAAAUAUUAAAACCGGUCGAAAUGUAGUAGCAACAGAAGCAGCAACAACAGAGAAUAAAAUAAAUAUAAUUCCGGCAAACCGUAAACUAAGUUAAAGAAUCGGAAACCGAUGUAACACAUUGUUGUAAAUAACAUUUUGUAGAUAAAUUAUUGAGUGAAAACAAUUAGAUUAAAAUGAAAUCAAUGAGCGAGACCGAGUGAGGGUGGGUUUUGUGAGAGUAAUAAAAUAAAAGCACGACAAAAAUUAAACAAA